CCAACCUGAUAAGGCUUUCAGAGGACGGCAACAGGCCUCGUCUCAAACAGUUAUGGAGUAUGCCCAUGCAAACGAGUUCCGACUUGGCCUUGGCUUUGAUGUAGAUAUUGAAACUGGAUUGAUAGCCGCGGCAAGAGAUGAUCGCCGAGUGCAAUUAUUCUCUCUCCAUACCGCAGAAAAGAUCAGCGUGCUGGCCCUUUCCAAAUGCUUCGAAGACUUUCCCAAGUGUGUGAAAUUCUCAGAAGUUCCAAAGCAUCCAUUCGAACCAAACGAUUUGGCAAUAAGCUCAGGCGCCGCCAUAGAAAAUUUGACGUGGAGAAAAGAAAGUCCCUGUGCUCUCCGUUGAGGCACUUUAGGAGCUGAACAGAUUCAUCCAGCCAACUGACUUCUGAAAUAGAUCAGGGGAUGAAUCAUGUUGAGUUUAUGAUGGAGGCUCAGUCAAGACAACAAACUGAGCGGAACAUCACUACGAGCAUUUAUUC